AUGAAGCUGCAGCUCUCUGCCUCCAUGAUUGUUGUUGAAAUAAAUAGGAGCGCUUACUGCGUUGGCUCCAUUAGAGACCCCCAUCCCGGGACUCCUUCCAAGCCAAUGCUGGAGAUGACUGGUGCCUGCCAGCCCGGCGCCUGUUACCUUGGUCCACGGCCAAAACGGCAAAACCCCCAAACCACAAAGGCGGAUGUAAUCUAUGAAGAUUACAAGCAGGCCGAGAGAACUUCAAUUUCCCCUGAAAAAGCUAUGCAUCUACAUGGGGAAUGGUUGGUGGCUCUAUUUUACAAGACCUUGUGGCACCUCAUGCUGUAUUACCUCGUCCCAGCCUAUUACUCUCCCAGCCAUAGCUGCUUUCUGGAUGCUCCGGAUGUGUUGGGGAUUCUCCAAACUGGGGACAUCAGAAUUGGUGCUAUUCUACCUCUUCAUCUGGAGAAAGUCUACUCCAAAGUUCUGUACACCGAGAAGCCACGUCCGAUCCUCUGCAAAGGAUUAUCACUGGGGUCGUACCUUCAGAUGCAGGUGGUCAAAUAUGCCACAGAAGAGAUUAACAAUAACCCCCAUAUUCUACCCAACAUCACCCUCGGCUUUCAGAUUUAUGACUCCUGCACGGUGCUUCAAAGGGAGUUGGAGGGAACCCUGUGGAUGAUAACCGCACAAAAUAAAGCCAUACCUAACUUCCGGUGUCAAGGCAGGGACCAACUUGCUGCCGUCAUUGGUCACUCUGCGUCAACCUAUUCCAUUCUCUUGGCACAUAUUCUAGGACUCAACAGGUAUCCACAAGUCAGCCACUUCUCGACCAGCUCCAUCCUCAGUGACCGGACGCAAUUCCCAUCUUUCUUCCGUACUGUUCCCAGUGACGCUUUUCAGUCCAAAGGGGUGGCUCAGUUGGUGCUGCAUUUUGGAUGGACCUGGGUGGGGCUGGUGGCUAUGGCCAAUGAUUAUGGGCAACAGGGAAUUCAGGUUAUCAAACAAGAGCUCUUGAAAUCUGGAGCCUGUGUGGAGUUCACAGAGUACCUUCACAACACGUUGCCUUACUAUAACAUUCCGCAUGUUGCUCGCGUUAUCAAGGAGUCAACGGCCAAAGCCAUAGUAGUCGUCUCAACUGACCUGGGCUUUAUGCCUCUUGUUAACGAAAUUAUCAAACAGAAUGUGACUGAGAAGAUAUGGGUGGCCAGCGAAGGCUGGGCAACCUCAGAAUUUCUAUCAUCAAAUCAAUAUUCCAGAUUCCUUUUGGGAACCAUAGGUUUUGCCUUCCAUAGCUGGACUAUCCCAGGAUUUCAUGAAUUUAUUUAUCACAGAAGUCUGUCUGAGCCUCCAGGAGAGGCCUGGUAUAGAAUGUUAUUGGAGGAACAGUUGGGUUGUGUAUUGCCAGGUUUUCAAAACUUCACAUUUUCUCGGGUGAAACCAUCUAGGAACUGUACUGCAAGAGACAGGAUGGACAACUUUCAGAUUUCCGUGGGCAACAUAUCCAAUGUAGCAAUGCUUUCCAAUCUGUACAGUGCUGUCCAUGUUAUAGGCAACGCUUUGCAUGAUUUAAACUCUUGCGAAAUGGGAAGAGGUCCCUUUAGCAAUGGAAGUUGCCCAAAUCUCUGGAAUUUCCAACCAUGGCAGCUGGUACACUACAUGAGUAAGGUUAAAGUCAGACUUCCCAGUGGAAGACAGAUGUUCUUUGAUGCCAACGGAGACCCACCUCCUCUAUAUGAUAUCGUAAACUGGCAACUGAAUCCCGAUAGUACCAUGAGAGCAGUCAAGGUCGGAAGCUAUGGUCCUUCAGCUCCUGGGGAAAAAGUUCUCAUCAUAAACACGAGCGCCCUACAGUGGACUACACAGCAGGUUCCUACCUCGAUGUGCAGCAGGAGCUGUCCUCCAGGAUUCCGCAGGUCGCUCAUCAGGGGGAAACCGACCUGCUGCUUCCAGUGUAUUCCUUGCCCACCAGGAGAAAUCUCUAACAGAACCGAUUCACUUGAGUGCCUCAGAUGUCUGUGGAAUGAAUGGCCAAAUCAACGGAAAGACAGCUGCCUCCAAAAAACGAUUCAGUUUCUGUCCUAUGAGGAACCUCUUGGUGCUGCUCUUGCAUCCAUCAGUGUAUCCUCUUCCAUGAUCCCUGUGGCUGUUCUUGGGCUAUUCAUUUAUUACCGGGCUACUCCUGCCGUUAGAGCCAACAAUUACACCCUUAGCUGUCUUCUUCUGAUCUCCCUGGCCCUCUGCUUCCUCUGUUCACUGGCGUUCAUUGGUUAUCCCCGGCUUCAGAAAUGUCGUCUACGACAGGUAACCUUUGGUAUGGUCUUUGCAUUCUGUGUCUCAUGUCUAUUGGCCAAAACAAUCAUGGUAGUGAUUGCCUUUAGGGCCACCAAGCCAAACAGUGAUUUAAGAAAAUGGGCGAGUCCUCAUGUUUCCUACAUGGUCAUGGGACUCUGUGUUUUUCUGCAGUUACUUAUAGGUAUCGCGUGGCUGACCAUUUCUCCUCCUUUCCCCGAAUACAACUUCAAAUCCCAACCUGAAGUUCUCAUUAUUGAAUGUAACGAGGGCUCACCCACAGCUUUUUGGGGGACAUUAGGAUAUCUUGGCUUCUUAGCCAUAAUCAGCUUUAUAGUUGCCUUCUUGGCUAGGAGACUCCCCGACAGCUUCAAUGAGACAAAAUUCAUCACGUUCAGCAUGUUGGCCUUCCUCACUGUCUGGGUGUCCUACAUCCCGGCCUCGCUUAGCACCAGCGGGAAGUACACGGUAGCCAUGGAGAUCUUUGCUAUUCAGUCAUCGAGUUGGGCCAUGCUUGGCUGCAUGUUUGCCCCAAAAUGCUUUAUCAUUUUAUUCCAUCCUCAUAAAAACUCCAAGAAGCAUCUCCUGGAGCAGACUAAAAAAAAACUGAAAAGAGCCUCCUGA